AUGAAGGAAACAGAGAAAUACACGGUUCAGUAUGGACACGGCGUUGAUGAUGGGGGUUGCCACGAUGCGACUGCUAGUGAGUGCCACAAGCCCGUUGUUCAGGCACCUCAAGAUCUCUUCAAUCACGAAAGGGGCGAUGUCGACUUCUGUGGCGUCUCAUGGCAAGGAGCCGCCAUCCUCAUUACCAAGUUUCAGAUUGGACUCGGUGCUCUUAGCCUUCCAUCCACUUUCCACAUCCUGGGAUUCUUUCCUGGCAUCUUGUGUUUCAUAAUCCUGGCCCUGACAACGACGGUUGCUGGAUACGUGUGUGGUAACGCUCGGCAAUACUACCCUCACAUGUAUAGUAUCGGUGAUGCGGCUGAGCUGCUCUUUGGAAAAGGAGCACGAGAGCUAACCGGUGCAAUAUAUUACAUCUAUCUUGCCCUGGUAGCGGGAGCAGGAAUGCUCACCACUUCUGUCGCACUCAACACCUUGUCUGAUCAUGGUACUUGCUCUAUGGUCUUCGUCGCGGUCACCUGUGCCGGUGCCUUUGUCAUUGGGACGGGUUUCAGGUCUCUAGAAAAGGUAUCCUGGCUCAGUUGGAUUGGCGUUGCUGGCAUUGUCGUCGCAAUUUGGAUCACAGCGAUUGCAUGCCUUACCAGCAGUCGACCAGCCGCAGCUCCAUCGACUGGUCCUAUCAACCUAGAUAUCCGUGCCUUUCCUAACGCAACCUUCUCCCAGGCCAUGGCAGCAGUAUCAAACCAAUUAUUUACUUUGGGCGCAUCAGGCACAUUUUUCUCUGUUUCGGCAGAGAUGAAGAAACCGGACUUAUUUACUCGCUCUCUUAUCUGUGGCCAGUCUUUUAUUGUUAUAACAAACAUAGCCGUCUCGUCUAUCAUCUACGGCAAAAUUGGGCAGUAUCUCGCAAGUCCAGCCUUAGGGUCAGCUGGUCCUUUGAUUAAAAAGAUAUCAUAUGGCAUCGCAUUACCGGGCUUGGUGGUCACGGCCGUUCUCUGGAGCCAUGUUGCGGCAAAAUAUUGGUUCGUCAGGAUCCUUCGCGGCACGCCACACCUCCAAUCCAAUACCGUCGUGCAUUGGUCUGUCUGGAUUGCGUCAAUGUUUGUCACCGUUGUAUUUGGAUUUGUCAUUGUUGAAGUCGUGCCCUUUUUUGACAGUUUCUUGAGCUUAGUUGGCGCUCUUGUGAAUCCCGUGUUUACUAAUAUUCUUCCUGGCUUCAUGCUUCUUUACUUCCUUGCUAAAAAACCUACAAAAGCAGUGGACAGGAUUCAGAAUAUGGACACAGAACCGUCAAUCUCGGCGAGAAGAUGGUUACAGGAGGCAUUUAAAACAUAUCGAAAUGGAUGGAAAGAAGUGGUGGUGUUGAGUGUUGCAUGUUUCAUGAUACUCACGGGUAUGCUCAUCAUCGUUGGAGGUACUUAUGCAACGGUGCUAGUGAUCCAAGCAUCGUAUGAUGAAGGAAGCGUAUCGGGUGUCUUCUCGUGUGUAGACUCCUCCUAG